UGGCCCAUGUUCACAAAAGGGAUUUUUCAUUCACUCUGUGGUGCUCUGAAAAUGCAGGCGAUCAUCAGGGUCCUGGCUCUGCUGCUGCUCGCUGGGACCAGUCUGGCAAAGCCCAAAAACCGUUUCACUCGGUUUCCUUCAUGGAACACAAAAAUGUACCCGAUCUGGAGAGAGGGAGACCAGCGCCUCCAACAGUCCUGGAAAGGGGGAAAAGUGACGUUCAAUGUUGCAAAUGACUCCCCGACUCUGACUGCAGCUAAAGUGACCUUCACCAUCGACCUGCAGUUUCCUCACAGUCAGAGAGUGCUGUCCCCUGGGGGAGAGGUGGUGUGGGCAGAGGACGGAGAACAUAACGGAACCAAACACGUCGCCUCAGAGCCGGUUUACCCUGUGGACGGUGCAGACGAGGAGCUGUUUUUUCCUGAUGGAACUCCAAUAAAAGACGACAAGAAACCACAAUAUGUCUUUGUGUGGAAAACAUGGGGUCAGUACUGGCAGGUCUCAGAUGGUCCCUGCUCCUCUCUCACCAUUGGCACAGAUGACGUUCCUCUUGGAUCCUACAUCAUGGACAUCGUGAUUUACCACUACAGAGGCAGACAGAAGUUUAUUCCUCUGGGAUACGCCUCCACACAGUUCUCCAUCACCGAUCAGAUCCCGUUCUCCGUAUCCUUGGACCAGGUGAAUGACAUCAUGGCUGGAGAUCUACGCUUCGUUCAGAAUCGCGCAAUCGCGUUUACCGUGACCCUCCAUGACCCCAGCUCCUACCUUAGUCCAGCUGACAUCACUUUUAACUGGGACUUUGGGGAUGAGAGUGGAGCCCUCAUCUCCAGAGAGCAAACUGUUACUCACACAUAUGUAAACUCAGGCUCAUUUAAGCCCCAAGUCGUGAUCCAGGCUGUGAUCCCAGAUAAGAGCUGUGAGCCCGCAGUCACGCCCACCAACCCCCCCACAGAGAAAGCUCCAGUCGUUGUGUCUCCAGUGCCUGUGGCUAAAUCCUCUCACCCAAACUCUGCUCCGUCUGACGCAGAGGAAGAUAACUCUGAGUAUGAGUCCUCCUCUGCACCAAACACACAGGAAACAACCAACGUGGAGGACAAUGCUCACAGGACUAAAGGAGCAAAGGGAGGGCUGACACUCACUGGAAAAGCGGCUGUUCUCGUCUCUACAGAGAAACUCACUGAUGACCCUCCCAAUGAUGACUGUGUGAUCUAUCGCUAUGGAUCCUUCUGCACUGGCAUCGAAGUCUUUGAGGGCAUUGACAAAGUGGAGAUCGUGCAGAUGCAGAACUCUGUGUUGGCGUCAGAAAUGGAUAAAAACGUCUUGGACAUCACAGUCACGUGUCAGGGAAGCUUCCCAAAGGAGGUCUGCAGUGUGAUCCUGGACGCAGACUGCCUCAGGCCUCUGCACUCCGAGUGUAACAUGGUGGAGCCGUCCAGACAGUGCCACUUAGUGCUCAGACACUUCUUCAACAUCUCCGGACUUCACUGCAUCAACGUGUCCAUGGCCAAUGACGUCAGCCUGGUCCAAACCUCCGCCAAAUUCAACAUCCACAUGGGUUCUCAUUUGCCCAUGUCAGUCCUCCUUGUGCUGAUCUUAGGGGCCUUUUUGGUGUCUCUGGUUGGAGUGAUGGUGGUUCUUUCUCUCAAACAUGUGGUGAAGUCCUUUCAUUGCCAGUCCAGUUUGACCCAAUUCAGAAUUUCAGACAAUGAAAAAUCCAUCAUGGACAAGCGCCCCCUGCUGCCAGAGACACUGUAAUGACAUGUUUUGUAAUCUGGAAUGUUUUUGUACUUUUAUACGUUUUUUUUCUACAUAAAACAUAAGAGUCUGUAUUUAGAAUAUUCAAAUCAGUCAAGAUUGCUCAUUCGGAAAGCUUGUCUUGUUGGUGUUUCAGGUUGAUUAAUAAAGUU